AUGGGCAACACCACCAGCGCAGUCCUGGACAACCUCGUCCAAGGAUCCAACUUCGACAGAGAUGAAGUUGAUCGUCUGCGAAAGCGAUUCAUGAAGCUGGACAAGGACAACUCCGGUACGAUCGAACGCGAUGAAUUCCUCAGUCUUCCCCAGAUCUCCUCCAACCCUCUGGCAACACGAAUGAUCGCCAUUUUUGACGAAGAUGGUGGGGGUGACGUCGAUUUCCAAGAAUUCGUUACAGGUCUCUCAGCUUUCAGCGCCAAGGGAAACAAGGAACAGAAGCUGCAGUUCGCCUUCAAGGUCUACGACAUUGACCGUGACGGCUAUAUCAGCAACGGAGAGCUGUUCAUUGUCCUCAAGAUGAUGGUCGGCAGCAACCUUAAGGAUCAGCAGCUGCAGCAGAUUGUGGACAAGACUAUCAUGGAGGCCGAUCUCGACAAGGACGGCAAGAUUAGCUUUGAGGAGUUCACCAAGAUGGUUGAGUCGACUGACAUCAGUAUGAGCAUGACUGUCGACCAGUUCUAA